AUGGCUCAGCCCACACACUUUGUGGCUUUUCAUCUAUUGUUCCCUAUCAUUUCCAUCAGUUGUAUCGGUGUAUCCGUUUUUUUUCAGGACGCCAUCGAUGGGCUUGUCGCUCUGGUGGAUCAGUCCACGAAGUCUCCGGGUAGUUCACGUGCAUUUGUGCGACCUUCUGGAACAGAGCCUAUUGUUCGAGUCUACGCCGAAUCUUCGUCCCAACUCUGGGCCGAUUGGCUCGCACUAAAGGUGGCACUGGCCACUUAUGAUCUCGCCGGUGGCUCCGGCCCCUCACCGGACGAUCCUGGUCCGAUGCCUGAUCACAAGGAAUGAAUGACACUGUCACCUUACAUUUUGAUAUCCGCUGUCCUGUUACUUUAUCGUUCCUUCUUCCUCUUUUGAUACCUUUAGUUGUCUUUUGUGU